AUGAGCGGCUUUCGGUUCCUUAAUCUCGUCCGGCCGUUCCUUCCCAUCCUUCCUGAAGUCUCGUCACCAGAUCGCAAGGUUCCUUUCAACCAAAAGAUCCUAUGGACCGCCGUCACGCUCCUCAUUUUCUUGGUCUGUUCGCAAGUACCCCUCUACGGCAUAAUGUCCUCCGACUCGUCCGACCCCCUGUACUGGAUGCGUGUAAUACUGGCCUCCAACCGCGGGACGCUCAUGGAGCUCGGAAUUACACCAAUCGUCACCUCCGGAAUGAUCAUGCAAUUGCUCGCUGGCGCCAACCUCAUUGAUGUUGACUUUGGGUUGAAGGAGGAUCGUGCGUUGUUCAGUGGUGCCCAAAAACUCUUCGCCCUCAUCAUCUCGCUCGGCCAGGCCACCGUCUACGUCCUCACGGGUCUCUACGGCCAGCCCAAGGAUCUCGGCGCCGGCGUCUGCCUCCUGCUCAUCAUCCAACUCAUCGUCGCGGCUCUCAUUGUCAUUCUCCUCGAUGAGCUCCUUCAAAAGGGCUACGGCCUUGGCUCGGGCAUCAACCUCUUCAUCGCAACCAACAUCUGCGAGUCUAUCGUCUGGAAGGCCUUCUCCCCUACGACCGUUAACAUCGGCCGCGGCUCUGAAUUUGAAGGGGCCAUCGUCGCCCUCUUCCACCUCCUCUUCACGUGGCACGACAAGGGACGCGCACUCAAGGAGGCAUUCUGGCGCGAGAGGCUGCCCAACGUCAUGAGUCUUAUCUCGACCGUCGUCAUCUUCGCCGUCGUCAUUUACCUUCAAGGUUUCCGCAUCGAGAUUCCGGUCAAGAGCAACCGUUUCCGCGGCCAGCGUGGCACCUACCCCGUCAAGCUGUUCUACACAUCGAACAUGCCCAUCAUGCUCCAGUCCGCCCUUACCUCGAAUGUCUUCAUCGUCUCGCAAAUGUUGGCUUCGCGCUUCCCGUCAAACCUGUUCGUUCGUCUGCUUGGUGUUUGGGAGCCUACUGAGGACUCGCCCCAGCUCAGCGCCACCUCCGGUAUUGCCUAUUACAUGUCACCACCGCACACCAUCAAGGAGGCCAUCCUAGACCCUAUCCACACCGCCGUCUACAUCACAUUCAUGCUCUCCGCCUGUGCCCUCUUCUCGAAGACCUGGAUCGAAGUUUCUGGUUCGGGUCCUCGGGACGUCGCCAAGCAGUUGAAGGAUCAGCAGAUGGUCAUGGCCGGGCAUCGUGAAGGUUCGAUGUACAAGGAACUGAAGCGCGUCAUCCCCACCGCCGCUGCCUUUGGAGGCGCCAUCCUUGGUCUCCUUUCUGUCGCCGCCGACCUCUCAGGCGCGAUUGGCAGCGGCACCGGUAUCCUCAUGGCGGUCACUAUCAUCUACAGCUACUGGGAAAUUGGCAUGCGCGAGUCCGGCGGACCCGAGAUGGCUGCCCUCGGCGACCUUCUAUGA